AUGGCCGACGGAUUUGACGCAGUCAAGAUCAUCGAUGGUUCCGGCCAUCUUUUCGGUCGAUUGGCCGCUGUUGUCGCCAAGCAGUGCCUCAACGGACAGAAGGUCGUUGUUGUCCGAUGCGAGAACAUGGUUAUCUCCGGUAACUUCUACCGAAACAAGCUGAAGGUCCUCGAAUACCUCCGAAAGCGACAUCUCACCAAGCCUUCCCGAGGUCCCUUCCACGGUCGAUCUCCCUCCAAGAUGUUCAAGCACAUCAUCCGAGGCAUGCUCCCCCACAAGACCGCCCGCGGUCAGGCUGCCUUCAACUCUCUUAAGUGCUUUGAAGGCAUCCCCGCCCCCUACGACAAGUGCAAGCGAGUCAUCGUCCCAUCUGCCUACAAGCAGAUCAAGCUGAAGCCCAACCGAAAGUACGCUUCCAUCGGCCGACUCGCCGCCGAGACCGGCUGGAAAUACCAGACUGUCGUCGAGACCCUCGAAGCCAAGCGACAGGCCAAGGCUAAGGUCUACUUCGAGAAGAAGCAGGAGCGAGAAAACCAGCUCAAGGCCGCCAAGGAAGCUUGCGCCGCGAAGACCAAGGAUAUUGAUGCUCAGAUCGCCGCCUUCGGCUAUUAA